CUCAUCGUCUGUGAACGUCAAUAAAAAAAAAAAAAAAAAAUGUGUGCUAAACAGAAGCGCACACCCAGAAUUGAGAGAACCGAAAAUUUUCAAAUUCCUAUAAAAGAAAAAAAAUGAAAGAGUUUCUGACUUUACUUCUCUUUCACCCACUUGUCCUGAAAUCACACCGUUGCUCAUGAGUGCACCUAUUAGCGGUAACAACCUCAUGCUUAAGGGUACUGCCCGUACCAUUACUGAAUUCUUUGAAUGCUGCGUAAGCUCUAUUUUAUAUCAGCGCGGCGUCUAUCCUACUACCGAUUUCGUGUCUACCCGAAAAUACGGAGGUCUAUCUGUGAUGCGCACGGUUAAUCCAUCUGCUCGCGCCUAUUUGGAUCGAAGCCUUCCCCAAUUGUCUGAAUGGCUGUCGCAAGAUAAGCUCAAAAACCUCAUGGUUGUCCUCCGCUCUCGAGACACAGAAGAAGUAUUGGAACGAUGGCAGUUUGAUCUCAAACGAGAUGCUGAAAAGGAUGAAUCCUCCGAAUCGACUGUUCCCUCACCAUCAGACGCAGUCCUCGCUGAACAAAUCCGCGCGAUUUUGCGCCAGAUCACAGCCAGUACCAGUUUCCUUCCUGCCUUUGACGUCCCGCCAACGUUUCAUAUUAUGAGUUACGCUGAAGAUGAUGUUCAAAUACCUAGCACUUGGGAGGAUGAAAGCCCUUCUUCCAUUCUGAUCGAGGGCGGUGGACAACACGUGCGACUUCGAUCGUUUUCUACAUCGGCUUACAAUGUCAGUUCGUUGAUUGCGUACCGUCUCGACAGAUCCUAUGAAAAGAACAUGUUUGAAGACGACAAAGAUUCUCACAAUACUUCAGCUACUUCAGCAAAAAAGCGACCGGUCACGAAACCUGCUGACGAUGAUGACAACAAAAAACUAAAGACCCAUUAGUCUCCUAUGCCAUUAGUCAAGUACUUAUGCUUGCAUUACACCAGUUUCCCUCCUCAUUUAUGCCACAGUUUAACAUCGCACCAAUCACACGUUGUCAUCACAGUCUACAAUAUUCAACCUUUUCGUGUUAUCAACCAACAUAUUCCCUAUGCCGUCGUUGCCUAAAAAACAAUAAAUUAUUGGCUUUACUCCUUGUCUACCGAGCAUUAUUCUUUUAAACGAACAUUUACCCACCUGCAGCAGUAAGUGGUGAUAGGUGGAUCGUUGAAUAAAAGCGAGG